AUGAUCGAUGUCGAACUGCUGCUGUGCAAUCAUCCUCUGAUCCACUGUGAUAAGAGAGCGCUGAUUGUGGAGGAUGAGUAUCACAGGAAGUCUGAAGAUGUUGGAGUGAAGACAGACGUGUGGAGCGUAUCUGUGGCCACGUGGGAGCAACUCACACUCCUCAGAGGGAGUCGGUCAGGAGAGACCUCACCUUGCACAGUCCGGAUCUCUUUGUUGUGGUUGCAGCUGCUGCUCUCUUUACGCACCGCGCCAAAGCUCCGCCGGACCCUCGAACCGCUUCGUUACCGCGCGGACAGCAGCACAGCCGGAGCGCCGCGGCCGUCGGCGGGAGCGGCAGUCGGGACGUGGAGGGUCGCUACAUCCGCCACAUAUCCGCUGUAUCACAGAAAUCUGCCUGAACAGACGCGGGGGCUUCGGUGCGGAGGGAGGACGGAUGGCGAGAAUGCUGCUUCCUCUCUGGAGCAACCGGACCGCCUCCGAGGCUUCCUGAACGUGAGGAGCUCCAUUCCUCCAUCUUCAGCCUGCGCUCCUCCUCUCCAGCCGCCGGAGCUCUGCUGUCAGCGGGGCGCAGCGCUUUCGCUUCACCGGGGAUACACUGUUCGUUUCCACCUGAACCGAGUGCUUUCUCUGCCGGUGUCUGGAGGUUGGAUCAUCCCCAUCAUCAGCAUCAUGGUGGUGUCAGGCCCCGGGAGCUGUCCCGGCGGGGUCGUCCGGUACCUGCUGUCCGCCUGCCUGCUGUCCCUGCUGCUCUACCUGCCCGAGGCUCGGGCGUCUUACUACCCACAGAGCGGAGAGUGCAAAGGCAAAGGGAAGGACUGCACAGUUCCAGUGCCACAAACAGUACGUCCCUGUGUGCGGCUCAAACGGAGACACCUACCAGAACGAGUGCUACAGGCGACAGGCGUCCUGCAAACAGCAGAGACUCAUCUCCCGGGUGUCCGACGGGCCCUGCUCCGCCGAUCCUGGAUCCGGCUCGGGAGACGGAGACGACGAUGAAGGUUCAGGUUCUGACGUUGGGAAGAAGUUCACCAAAUGCAGCACGUGUAAAUAUGGAGCCGAGUGUGAUGAAGACUCAGAGGACGUCUGGUGCAUCUGUAACAUCGACUGCAGCGGUCACAAUGAAAACCCGGUGUGUGCCACCGACGGGAACUCCUACAACAACCCCUGUCUGGUCCGAGAGGCGUCAUGUAUGAAGCAGGAGCAGAUCGACGUUAAACAUCUGGGCAGGUGCACCGCUGAUAAAGAGAAACUGGGGAAGAAAGACGACAGCAGUCCUUUCAAAGUAAACGUCUUGGAAACCAAAGGUCUCGACCACGGUGACGGUUUCUAUGCUGGGAUGCCGAUCCCUUGCGCCGACAGCUACGCCGGCUUCUGUGUUCAUGGGAAAUGUGAGAUCAAAUACAACAUGGCCACCUGCAGGUGUGAUGCAGGAUAUAAAGGUCCUCAGUGUGAUGAGCCUCAGGACUUCAAUAUCCUCUAUGUGGUUCCCAGUGGACAGAAGCUCCACUACGUCCUCAUCGCCGCCAUCAUCGGCGCCGUGCAGAUUGCCAUCAUCGUCGCUGUGGUGAUGUGCAUCACAAGGAAAUGUCCGAAAAACAACAGAGGUCGCCGGCAAAAACAAAACCUGGGGCACUUUUCCUCGGACACUAACUCCCGGAUGGUAUAGCUGUGUUUCUCGGGGUUCUUUUUGAUAAGUUUUUUCUAUACCAUAAUACCAUUUUUUAACGGUAGAUGUGUGGUAUUAAUUUUUUUUCUCCUGGGAAAUCAUAAAAAAGAAGAACAACAAUAUUUAUUUAAGGGGCCUUAUUUUCCCUCCUUUUUUGCUUUUGGAUGGAAUUGUUGCGCAUAAAUUUGCGCAAUCGUGAUUUUUCUUUUUUUGCCGCAAAACCAAGUACAAGGAGCCGAAUCGUGAAAACCCACUGUCACUUUACAUCGUCACUAUGUCUGAUGUCUUAAUUACUUUACACUGCUUCAUUAGAGGUUUUGUUGAAUGCUUUAUAAAUACGGUACCUUUGGUAAACUGGCUAACAGAGUAAUGUCUGCCCCUCUGGAAUGUGCUAUUUAUUGAAAAUUAUUAUUUCUACGGCCCUCUCCAUUUUACUUUUUAUUAAUAAUGUGCAGCUGAUCACCAAAUGCAGUUUGUUUUUAAUUUUAAUGUAAUGUUUUGUAGGAGGUGAGUGGGGGCCAGCCAGUGUUUACACUUAUUCUUUGGUAUGAAAGUCCAUGUAAAGACUUCACUGUGUUCAAACAAGCUAAUAAUUUAUUAUUAUUGUAAUAAUAAUUUUAGUAGUUUUUACUUAAAAGUUUUUAUGUUAACUUUUGUUUUUAAAAAUUCUAGCUCCUGUAUAUUCGCAUGACUUGUGCAAACUGUGUACUGUGGUGUAGUUUAAACUUUUUAAAAGAAAUGCCGACGGCCUCGUCGCCGCCUCCAUGUCAGAGCCGCAGAGAUCAGAUGUAAGAUGGAAAUCCCAAAAGCCGGACUGAUGAACGGAGGAAAGGUUUUAGUCGGUGUUAAAGAAAGGAAUGUGUAAUGUUUGGAAAAACAGUCUGCUGUCUUUACCUUCACCACCCAAUAACAAAAAAGGACACUUGUAGUUAUCAUUGAUGGUGGGAAACAUUGUACAAGUACUUCUAAAACCACUUUUGCUUUGACAAGGAUCAGAUUUGUGUUGAUUUUUAAUGCUCAGAGGCAGAAAUGUAUUUGUAUCUUCGUCCGAAAAUCUGACUUUAGAGGAUUGUAAUGAAAGUGUGUCAGCUUUUAGGGGGUUUGAAGGACUGACUGCAAACAGAGGUCAACUCUAAAUGAUAUUUUUAUGUAACUGGAGAGAGUCUUGGUUGCUCAAAUGGCUGUAAACAAGGCUUUUCUUUGAAUGUGAGCAAAUAAUUAUCUUCAUUUCCUUUGUUUUAGUUUUGCAUUUGUUCCUCAGCGAGACAUUCCAAGCACAGAGGAUCCCUUACAAAAAAACUGUAAUAAUUCGAUAGGUAAUAUUGAAAACAUACUUUACAGUGCAAAUAUUACUUAAAGACCCCAUUUCCUUCUGGUAUUAAUGUGAUCAGAAACAGGGUUUACAGAUAUUAGUGGUGUGCAGCUAAUUCACUAGUCUUUUAGCAUAUUCAUAUUAUGGAGUCGUUAAACAGUGAAGACAGUCAAAUAAAAUAUGUAGAAAGUCACAAGACAGUGAUUCAAACAACAACCGUAACAGUAUGUCGACAGAACUUUACAUCCAGUGAAUGACAUUGUCUUUUCUGUCCCUUGUGUCUUUGUUCCCUUUGUUAUAUUCUGUAGGUCAAGUUAUGAUUUUUUUGUGCGUUUUAUAUCUUUUUCAAGAUUUUCUUGCAAAUUGUCACAAACCUUUCACUGAAUUGUCUUAUUGACCACAUUUCAAAUUCCUCUUCCGUCCCACCUCAGCACUCUCUAACUGUUUAACACUUUUUACAUUUGAGUGUAUGUUUUACAGCAAACCAAUUAUUGUAACGUCAAUCGAUCAUAAACUAAACCUUCUAGCAGCGUCCAGUGAUGACUCUAAUGAGACGACCUUCUGAGCCAGAGUCUGGACGUUGGGGAAAUUUAGCUCACCUGGUCUGGUUCAUUGAUGGCGUAUAAUUAGUGGGCAAAGGAGAGGCCUGCUCAGAGGGUCGUAAGCUGUAAUCAUGAAAUUACUUAACUUCAUUUCUAUGUCAAUUAAUCUUUGAUUUCCAAUGAUACAGCCAUUUGUUGAUGUUCAGUAUUCAGAAGGUUGAAGAAAUUCUUUCUUACUCUGUAGUGUUUGGUAUCUGGAUGCAGAAGCUGACUUGUAGUAUAUAAUACAUCAAAUUGUACAGCAGUAUUUAAACCUCAGUCUGAUUAAGCUGCUGUAAAAACCAGUUCAUGUCAAGGCGUUGCCAUAUAAUUUUUUAUCUGGCAUCAGAAUUGUCACAACUACGUCUAUUUGUGAAAAGGUCUGAAGGUCUGAUAUGAUGUGAACACAGCUGGGGUAUUUUCUGAAUUAGGAACUUGUAGGGAACUUAACUAUGCAUUAAGUCUACUGCCAUUUACUCCACUUUGUAACUAGUUAGGCUAUAGAAUAAUAACAGCUAAAACUGAGACUAAGAAGUAGAGAAGAACUUUAAACUGAAGCUACAUGUGAUUAUUAAAUUAGUUUGGGGAUAGUGAAUGGGUAAAGAUAGUGGCCCUAACGUCCUAACGUACCCGUUCACGCCAGCAUUAUAACACUGAAAGUUUGGACCAAAACCAAUUAAUUUCAAAGGUAUUGUCUGGAUAAAUGGAUUAGGUAGUGCAAUUAAACUAAAUCCACACUGACCUUUUGUAUGGAGUUCAGCUUGGGUGAGCUUUGACAUGAUGAAUCACACUAUUAACCAAUAACAAACUAUGUUCAUAGAGCUGACCUUUAAGGUAACAGAGAACCCAAGAAUCCAAGGAAGAAGCUAUAACAAUAUCUGUGUAGCACCAUGUAGUUUUAUAUAACCCUGCUGUGCUGGAGUUUUGACUGCCGGUAGUACAAAAAACUCUCCAAUUAUUGCGUUAACUUAUUGUUCGAUUAGUGACCAAGAAAGUUUGUUAACUUACUGCCUGCAGUGUUGGGAGUGACACAGUAUAAAGUAACAGGGUACUGUAAUUCCUCCUCUUUUGGCUGUAACUAGUAAUGUAACUUAAUUGUAGGCUUGUUUGUCUUACUGGAAAAGUGGACAACUGCAGAAGUCAGCAAACAAAGGCAGCACAUCUAAAUGCAUCACCUGACCUUACAGUGGCCAAAGAAUGCAAGCUUUAAAAAAAAAAUUAAAUCGGGAGAAGAAUCAUAAAAAACAACAAGCCCCAGAGGUCGAAAGAUAGUCUAUUAAACUAAAUUUAAAUCCCCAGAAAAUAAGUAGCAUUCCCAGUGAUUCAGUAUUAAUGCUGCUAUCAAUGAUAAUCUGUAUUUUCUUGUGCAUGACUAGUAGAGACGUGUCAUUGAGAUGUGUCACGUACCUUACCGGUUCAGUAGGGAGGGAUGGCCCAGUGGUGACACCAGAUUUCUUUCUCGCUGUGUAUCCGUGGACGAGGAACUGAAACUCUGAGGCUGUGCUGAGGUCCAAAAUACGAGUUCUUCUCUGUAUGUUUAUAAUUCUUAUUUUCUGUCACAGGAGUUUUUCUGUAUCGUCUUCUACGUCUAGAAGUCGUAGGUCAGCCCCCCUACCCCCACCCCUCCGCUGAGCAACGUGUUUAUACUUGUUGUCGACCAUCGCAGUCGUGACUUCUCUAAAUGUGACUAGAAUGUGUUUGACAUGUUAAUAUUCUGCAUGUAGACUUUGAGAGGCUAUUUUUGGUCUCUGACAAAAUAAAAAAGGAACUGUUUUUUUAAUGUA